AUGGGUGAUAGCAACGACAACAGCAAGAACCCUGUCGGGGACGUUACUACCUCCAAAGCAGAUAAUCAAGAAGCUGUUCACAUGCUAAUCUUCGAGACUGACGAGCCACACCCCGAAACGAAAGAUCGCAAAGGCGGCGGAUUCGCCAAAGUGUUCGACGAACUAUUCACCAAAGCUGGCUCAGAGCACGACCCCCCGCUUUCCAUCGAAACAUCCAUGCACUAUGUCGUCGACGAUCCCGAUAAUGGCCACAACGGCCACGUACCCAACACAGACGAGAUUCCAGAGUCUAUCAAAGCCAUACUAAUCACCGGCUCGAUGUACGACGCCCACGGCAACGACAAAUGGGUAAAGCAACUACUCAGUCUUCUCGAGGAAGUCUGGACCAAGCGGCCAGACGUCCUUCUCAGCGGUGUAUGUUUCGGCCAUCAAAUCCUCAGCAGAAUGCUCGGGUCAAAAGUCGAAGGACAUCCAAGCGGGAAAUGGGAACUUGCUCACACCGAGAUGAGUCUCACCCCUGUGGGCCAGAAGCUCUUCCGGACCGAUGACAAGAAACUUUCUUUACAUCAAAUGCAUCAGGAUCAAGUCACGACCAAGCCGUCCUCGGAAACCACAUCGCUCCUAAAAGAGGGUCAGAAAGUUCACGUUUGGGCCAGUACGGAACAUACCGAGAUUCAGGGUUUGUAUAUCCGUGAUCGUCUGUUCACGACUCAGGGUCAUUUGGGUUUCGAUGAGCAGAUGGUGCGCAGACAAAUAGAGAUGCGGGAGGAAAGUGGUAGUAUCGAAGGUGAUGAGACGGAACGUGCUGCGGAAGCAAAAGAAAGUGCCCACUUGAAGCAUGAUGGAGAAGUGGUUGCUGCAGCUAUUCUAAGGUUCUUUCAUGGGGAUGAUCAUGAUGUGGAUUAA